GCGACGGCGUCGCCCGCAGGCUCCGAGCGAGCCUCCCGCGGGAGGGAGCGCCCGACCACGAGAGGAGCAUUCCUCCGGUGCUGGCGUCUUUUUAUAGGAACUCGGUCGGUCGCAGCCGCAGGCACGCGGCCACGGGCUCACGAAGAAACACACUCGGGUUGUGCGUGUGGGUUCUGGAAGGGGGGUGGGGACUACACCCUCGGACACUGGUCGGGGCUCGCCUCCAGGACAGCGGGGAGCCAGCUGAGCGUUCCGCACGCGGCCAUGCACGCGGCCCAUCGACGCAGCUAGCGCGCACUUCUCCGUCGCGGCUGCCUGUCAUCCUCCCCCUGCGUGCUUGAGCGCUCGCCGUGCCCUUGGCGAUGACGGCGGUGGAGAGCGCGGCGGCUGUCUACCAACAGCCGUCGCCGCCGGGCCAGCUCUUGAACUUGGUCUACCUGACGCUCGCCGACCACACGCUGCACGCCGUCGACCAGGUCAAGUACAGUAUGCCGCCAAUGGUAGCCCCUUCGGCAUAUGCUGGUGAAAGCUACUGCGGUGCGUACACCCCGGCCGGAUACCCAAACGAAUGCUCCGAUGGCUACUGCACGGAAUAUUCCCCCGGAGGUCCGUUCACUGAGCUGACGGAUCAAUUCUCAGAGCUCAGUCUAGGAGGAGGGGACUCCAGGGCGGCCAGGAAGCCUCCGCCAAACUAUCUUUGCCAUUUGUGUUUUUGCAAGGGGCACUACAUCAAGGACUGUCCGCAGGCACGUCCGAAAGGGGAAGGCCUCACUCCCUACCAGGGCAAGAAGCGCUGCUUUGGCGAGUACAAGUGUCCAAAGUGCAAACGGAAGUGGAUGAGCGGCAACAGCUGGGCCAACAUGGGACAGAAAUGCAUCAAGUGCCAUCUGAACGUUUACCCACACAAACAGAGACCAUUGGAGAAGCCGGAUGGCCUGGACGUCUCGGACCAGAGCAAGGAGCAUCCGCAACAUUUGUGCGAAAAGUGCAAGUCACUCGGCUACUACUGCAGGCGCGUCCUGUAGGGGAUCGAGCGACAACCUAUCUCCGCCAAGCCUUUCCGGUGCCUCUGUGGCGUACAGCAAAGUUUCAUUUACGUGGCUCCCAAAGCCUAUACAGUAAUUCUAGCGUAAUUCUUCUUUCCCCUUUUAUUCCCUUUACCCCUUUCCUCAGCACAGGGUAGCCAGCCGGUACUUACCCUGGCUAACCUCCCUGUCUUUCCUUCCCUUUUGUCUCUCUCUCUAUUUCUCUCUUUCUCUAGCGUACAGCGAUGCCGCGCUUCCCCUAUGUGGAACAUUCGUUAAACCUGAGAACGUCAUUUACGCAGAGCACGGCGCCAGUGUAUGUGUGAGCGUGUGGCGAUCGGUGGCGAGCACAGGUGAAUCCGCUAGCGUGUCUGUCGUCUGCUCAUUUGCGGCGUCGGCAGUCAACGUGAGCAUAUGACCGACGUUUUGAUCGCCGAAGCCGUCAACUGCGCGUAUUCUCACUUUUUGGUGUUAUUAUCGACGCUUACUGAAUGACUUAUGCAGUAUACUGUGGCGCUCCCCUUGUUCCCUUCUGUCCGUCCUUGUUUGCGCCAAAGCGAUCAUAUUCAUGGUCUACUCAGCAGUAUACUUCACACCGCCUUUUUUUUUUUUUUUGCCGCGUUCCUGAUUUAAACGUGGUAGGUGUUUAAUGCUCCAUUUUUUUUCUUCUUCCAAGUCGAUUAAUGGAAUCGGAGCGCUUUAAGCUGCAUUCAGAUGAGAGGACGGAUUGCUUGUUCAUUCCGUGCGCGCAAGUAUGACGUGGCUCAGUGCUGCGGAAUCAAGCUGCACACAAGUACGGCGCAUAUGGGCUGCGGGAAACCGUUAUUAGUCUGUACUAAAACGGCGAUAACGUCGGCAACAGGCAGCCGUUACGUUUUAGGACAUGCGGAUGUAAUGUGCGUAAAAGCGCCUGGGCAGCUGCGCUCGAAAUUGGCAUUAAGGCCAGAAUACAUGGAGCGAAUAUGCGACGAAUAGUCGACGUUCGACGCCCGGCGGCGUACGAGCGAUGCGCGGCGGCGGAGAAAACGUCGUUCGCCGCCGAUCUAGCUGGCGCAGAAAAGUUCGUCGGGCGUCGACGAUACCGGAAGCGGCAAACGAGCGGCGCCCCAAAGCGAGCCAAUCAGGUCUCACUAUCCGCCCCGACUUCUGACUAGGCUUUCCCGCUUGUCCGUGUGUCCCGAUCUCGCUCUAUCGUUCACGCCGGUCUCCCGCUUUUCGUAUUCAUGGCAUCCAAAGCGGCGCUGCUGGAACUUAACGACAAGUUAAUUUCGGCUGGUGAGAAGCGUGCCGCGCGCGCGUUGAGCCACAGAACCAGCGUUCCAGAUUGGAAAGUCGGCAUGACACCAGAAACUCGCUAAAAUUUCCCCACAUUUCACCAGAAGAUAAAAUUGCCUUAAAAUGCAGAAAAAUGACCAAGAAUUAACAUUCGUCAAGCACUCAUCUUAUUAUUUAUAUAAAAUCACGAUGAGAAGCCUUUAAUCAUCCCUUAGAGCAUCGUAGAUGCCUGAACGAAACCUGCGUAGCAUAUCGUCUUUGAUAGUGAACUUCACGCAACACCCCUCUCUGGAGGUCAACGUUUUGCGGAUUCGUACAAUGGAAUCCAAAGUUUUCAGAGACAUUUUGUUCCUGUACUUCGUCUUAACAUACCUGACCUGACUGAAGACACACUCCACCACUGCAUUCGACACUGGGCAAGAAAGACAUGCCAGUGCAUACAAUGCAAGUUCCUGGUAGGGCUUUUCCCCAUGGCAUUUUUAAACUUGAAAAUUCUAGCCCAGAAUGUUGCAGAAUCCUCAGGAAGUUUCCCGUCGAAGACGGCCUGCGCAACAGGUUUUUGUGACAGCGAAACAAGCGGAGCGUCAGCACGUGUGUUGGCUGGCCACUUGAUGCAUUGCCGAUGGCCCGGCGUUGCUCUUCCCGUGCUUCCCACGGUAAAUUCAUUCCUCCACUAGAAAAGCCGGUGCCGUCUAUUGAAACGACUUAUAACUAUACGUGCGUUGAAACCUAGCGCUAGCAUCACACGCUAGCACAAACCUUAGCUACAGUAAGCUUUAUAUAGUUAACUGUACCCUAGCAGUAGCACAGCAACACAGGGAUUUCAUGAGGAAUAAGCAAAUACAAAUAUAGGCCUUAGAAUCGUGGUGGCCGCAGGCGCUACCUAGUGUUAAAUGUUUGGAUGAGCAGCGCGGGUAGACGGUAAUUUCGGUAGAGUGGUUUUCCCCAGAUAUCCCCAGAUUUUGUCUGGUGUAGUAGUUUGUUGGCCUGGCCACCAGAAGCUCUACAUUUUCACCAGAUUUCCGAAAUCUGGUGGCCAAUUUCACCAGAUGGCAACGCUGCACAGAACAGAGCCGCAGAGUUGGAGGAGCCGAAAGUUGUUUACCCGCCCAGUGUUGCCACAACGCAUAGCGUCGCCGCUUUCUUUAAACUACAUCGGCACAUGAAUGUCUGAAACACAUAACAAACACUAGAAAUCACUUUUGAACAAAAUUUUACGCGUUUUUAGAUUGCUGCGCAAUUCAAAAGCGAUAAUAGUUGUCGUUAACUUUUUUUGUCAUGUGUUUCACUACAGCGCAUUUGCCUCGUCUAGCCACACUGAUGACAACGCAGGGACUCGCCGGCGGCGGCCGCCGUGCCUUCGCUCCAUGUAGCGCAGCCUGGCGAACAUUCGGCGUCGCGCCGCGGCAGGUUUUCUGCCCCCCGAACUUCGUCGUGAAAGUUCGCUCCGUGUAUUCUGGCCUUUAGGGAAUAUCGUAAUCGCCAGUGAAAUGCUUUUAUACAGCGAACGUUACUCUCGGUAAGUGGAAAGCAAAUCAACGUCCGUUUAGCGACGUCAUACAUGAGCUGCACUGAAUAGCUGAACAUAUUUACAGGUGAAGCAAAAGCGUGCACGAGAAUCUGGUGCACAUAGACCUGAAAAUUUCGAGGCAAUGCACAUAAUAGCAUUGAUAGCCUGAUGAUAUGAAGCACAAGUACACACUUAUAGCACUGCAAAGAUAAUGGUGAAAUACAUGCAAAAACGCAACACGUUCUGUUUUUUUUUUUCUACAGAAAAUUCUGUUUUUUUUUUUCGAACGAGAACUACAGAGACUGAAGCAGUGUAGUGUCCAUGUCUGUUUUUAUGGUCUGUUAACAAAUAACAGGACGAGUCUGUAUUGCUCAAUACAAAUGCUACGUGAUACAACGCGGACUUUCCGUAUUACGGUUGGUCCGCUUUUACACCUGCUCUUUCGUUUUCUAAAUAUGAAAUUGAGGGUGGCAAACAUUCUACCAGCAGGUUUCCCCGUAAUGCAAUUUCUUUUCUUUCUCCUUUUUUUUUUACAGUGUAGCAACGUCAUGUUAGUCCGCGGACUGAUUCAGCGAUAUUUGUCAUUGUGUUUAUCCAGCUUUAAAAGCGGUGUGGCAUAUGGGUAAGGCUCAAACCCACAGCAUGGUAAAACAAAUAACCAAUCAAAGAAACAAACGGGCACCAAAAUGGGCAGUGUAGCUUAUUGCGACCGUUGCUAGAAGCUGGCAUGAGGCGUUGUGCCGUAGGUACUGCUGCGGGCGCCUAGCCUGCUUUGAGACUAUAGAGACCUGUGCAACUACUCCUGUAUCCAUACAGCGUGGUAUGAGGUCAUUGUUAGUAACCGAAGCACCACCACAAGGCUGCCCGUCCUGCGAUCUGCGAAGUAACGUGCAGGCGUAGCGGGUUACACCUGUGCCUCGUUCACUCAGAAUAAACGUUACAUUCUAAAUUGCAUUUUUGUCGCUUUUCCAGACAGCUGCAACGGUCUAUACUAGUGGCCGAGAAAAAAAAAUGUGCAUAACGUUUUUUUCUUUUUUUUUAACCCGCAGCGCGCCAGGUUUUUAUACCGGAAUCAGCACUUGUUUUGAUUCCCAUUUCCUGUCUAACGCCGGUACACACAUCGACUAGCGCACUUGCUAAAAACUACGUGCACUGACGUACUCCGAAUGCUACGUGCAUGGUGAUGCAGCGUGGACAUAAUCUGAGCGCGAGAUGGAAGUAACGUUCAUCUUCGUACAUACAUGCUUUGGUAUCGGCUAUACAAAGAUUGAUUAUUGAGUAAUUAUUCUUGAGGUCAUCGAGGAUCGCACAACGCGCCUUUACCUGACACGGCGGCUCAGUGGCUAUGGCAUUUUGCUGCAGAGUACGAGAUCACGCGCUCGAAUCCCGGCUGCGGCGGGCGCAUCUCGAUGGAGGCGAAACGCAAAAAACACUCGCGUAUACUGAGAUUUAGCUGCACGUUAAGCAACUUAAAGGGGCAAAAGUUCAUCCAGAGCCUUCAAAUGCAGCGUCUCUGAUAGGUCCAGUGUUACUUUGGGGUGUUAAAAUCAAUCAAUCAAUCAAUCAAUCAAUCAAUCAAUCAAUCAAUCAAUCAAUCGUAUUGGUGCUUCCAAUAGUUGCUUGGGGACUAUGGCGAAUUUCGCAGAUGAUAAACAUAUGGAUAUCGAGCCGCCGGCGGAAUGGCUGUCUCCUUGAGCGACCCACGAGGCAGAUAAGUUAAUAAAAAUAAAACAAAAUAAAACACGCACUAUCCUUUGCGGAGUGGCCGCGUCAGAUCAAGGGCAUGACAAAUUUCUUCCAGCUAUGUAUACAGCUUUCCAAGUAAACGCCCGGCAGUAAUCACCUUGACAUGGUCGAACUUUGCUUGUGCAUACACUACUAAGCGUCGGACGAGUGCUGUAUAAUUUAGGCCCGUGCUUUUCUUGUCGUGGCACACUGCCUUGUGCAAAAAAAAAGUAAACGCACGCACCCCCCCCUCCCCCCGCGCAUAUGCAGCAUAAGAUAUUCAGACUUUUACUUUGCACUCAAAACGCGUUCGCGAGCACACGCGCACACUUAGGCAGUAAUCGAACUUUUCAGUGAUUUGGAUCGGCAGCUUGACACUUGGUGAGUGCAAGCCACUACGCAUGCAAUUAUUCCGCUGUCACUCCCCACCUCUAUUUUCCAUUUCUUUCCUUUUUCUAUUUCUCUGUAUUUCUUUCCUCCAAUUGCACUACGACGUCCAAAUACAUGUCAAGCCGAGCAAAACUUGUCACAUGUGAAUGGAAGUCGUCUAAACGGACUGAUGUUAACUUGUACAACCCUAAGAAACGAAUGAUAUAGCGUAAUUGAUUUUUGUUGUCUUCGACUUCGGUACAUUUCUAUUAUGUUUUCAGCAGAAUGCCCGCAGAGCGAUAACUGCUCCAGUGCUAAAAUGCCCAUGCCCUGCUGGGAAAUUUAUCAAGCUACAAAGCAAGAGAUAGUAUGGUGCUUGUUUCUUCGAAAUCAAAGCGAACUGCCGUUGUGUUCGAGCAGCGAGCGUUCCCUUCGAGGCCCGUAGGAGUUUGCUCACAGUUAAUAUUCUCCACACCAAGCGCAAUGCUAUAGAAGAACGGCGAGUGGGCAAAACUGUGCUUGGCUGGGACCGAGCCAUUGUACAUGUGUCGCACGCGCUUAAAGCAAAGGUUCAGUCAUGGCCGGUCAGAAGGAAGACGAAUGUCGACAACGCCAAAAUGGCAGCCAUAGCAUAGUCCAGACAGGGAAAUGGGCUGCCAAUGGCCAUUCCGUUUUCUUGCGUCUUGAAAGGAAUUCCCGCAGUCUUCCAUCAUUCUAAUUACUGAUGGGAAUUUGUGCUUUCUGGCUUUCACUGCGGACUUCGCCAAAAAGAAAAAGGAAACAGAAGAAGAAAAUAAACAAAGCUAUUGGUCACAAUGACGCUAUCGUUAAAAUCCGUGACUCCAGCUGAUGUUGCCCACUUUUGCUGUUGACGUUUGUUCUAACUGAAGAGGUUGGAAGCAGUACGCUCAUGGCUACUGCGUCUCACUUAGAGAGAGAGAGAAAAAAAAUGAUUUACCUAUAACAAAUAUUUUUUUCUGCUUUAAACUCAGCGGUGUUCUUUAAGUUCUUUAAAUUCGAAUCCAAGUGCCAGAAGAACGACAAUCUCGUUCGUAAGUUAUCUCCAUUUAGACUGGCGCAGCCGCGCCGCUGUUGGGAUAUUGUUAGCGCGGAAAUACAAAAGCGAAACGUGUCCAAAAAUUCUGUGACGUGGAUACGACACUCCAAGCGCUCAUAGCAACGGCGGGACGAUAGUAUUCCUUCAGUGUCGUUUUAUUGAACGACUUAGUGUAUUUAAGGCUGCUCUUUAUUGGAUUUCCUGCCCGCUGCGUCUCUACAUAUGGCGAGCUAAAUGACGAGAAAAGGAUGUCUAUCGCUACGAAAUUAUUUUGUUCUUUGUCGUUUCUUCGUAGCGUGAACGUCUUUUGUUAUGUUCUUCUCUGGCCAUUCGUAAGAAUCCUGGUUCAGAAGUGCUUUGUGAAAGAAAUCAAAUAGAUUUUCUUCUUCUUAAGCAAUACGUGACUGUGGGCUCUUUCAUCGUAGUAUUCUAUCAAAGGAGACAAUGCACACCACGUUACGUGUGCAUGAGGCCAAGUGGUAGUGGCGGUGAUGAAGAUAACGUUGCUACAGGCGGGGUUAGCCAGGCAGACCAGGCCGGCAAUAGACCUCUCCCGGCGCACGUCACACCGAGUCGGUAAUGUCACAGUGUGACGUCACCAGCGCACGUGCAGUGACCCUGGUUCUGCAAAACGCAGCCGCUGCCGGCUCUCUGCAUGGUGCAGUCGCGCAGUGCUUGGUGUAGGUGAGCAGCGCGUGGAUGCUUUUUUUGUUUUCUUGUUUUACUUGAACUUCCACUAUAUACUAGUGCGCCAGAUUAGCAGUAUUGUGUGUCGGAAAACAUCUGUGUGUGGCAAACUAUGUGGUGAAAAUCUGGCGACGCUGGCAU